GCCGCCGAGCUAGGCUGAGCCGCUGGGCCGCGCCGAGGGCCGUCGCCGCCCGAGAGGCCCGGCCCGGCCGCCGGAGCAGGCCGCGCGCGGGCCAGCGGGCCCGAGGCCGGAGCCAUGGGCGAGACCAAGAUCAUCUACCACCUGGACGGGCAGGAGACGCCGUACCUGGUGAAGCUGCCCCUGCCCGCCGAGCGCGUCACCUUGGCGGACUUUAAGGGCGUUCUGCAGCGACCCAGCUAUAAGUUCUUCUUCAAGUCUAUGGACGACGAUUUCGGAGUGGUGAAGGAGGAGAUCUCCGACGACAAUGCCAAGCUGCCCUGCUUCAAUGGCCGGGUGGUGUCUUGGUUGGUGUCUGCUGAGGGCUCACACCCAGAGCCAGCUCCCUUCUGUGCUGACAACCCAUCAGAACUGCCACCGCCCAUGGAGCGCACGGGAGGCAUUGGGGACUCCCGGCCCCCAUCCUUCCACCCUCAUGCUGGUGGAGGCAGCCAGGAGAACCUGGACAAUGACACAGAGACAGACUCCUUGGUGUCUGCCCAGCGCGAGCGGCCACGCAGGAGGGAUGGCCCAGAGCACACAACCCGGCUAAAUGGAACUGCAAAGGGGGAACGGCGGCGAGAGCCAGGGGGUUAUGAUAGCUCAUCCACCCUUAUGAGCAGCGAGUUAGAGACCACCAGCUUCUUUGAUUCGGAUGAGGAUGACUCCACCAGCAGGUUCAGCAGCUCCACAGAGCAGAGCAGCGCCUCACGCCUGAUGAGAAGACAUAAGCGGCGGCGGAGGAAGCAGAAGGUUUCACGGAUUGAGCGGUCCUCGUCCUUCAGCAGCAUCACGGACUCCACCAUGUCACUCAACAUCAUCACAGUCACUCUCAACAUGGAAAAGUACAACUUUCUGGGCAUCUCCAUUGUGGGCCAAAGCAAUGAGCGUGGUGACGGAGGCAUCUACAUCGGCUCUAUCAUGAAGGGGGGUGCUGUGGCUGCAGAUGGACGCAUUGAGCCAGGAGAUAUGCUGUUACAGGUAAACGAGAUCAACUUUGAGAACAUGAGUAAUGACGACGCAGUCCGGGUACUGCGGGAGAUUGUGCACAAACCGGGGCCCAUCACCCUGACUGUAGCCAAGUGCUGGGACCCAAGUCCACGUGGUUGCUUCACACUGCCCAGGAGCGAGCCCAUCCGUCCCAUUGACCCUGCAGCCUGGGUCUCCCACACUGCAGCCAUGACCGGCACCUUCCCUGCCUAUGGCAUGAGCCCCUCCCUGAGCACCAUCACCUCCACCAGCUCCUCCAUCACCAGCUCCAUCCCUGACACAGAGCGCCUAGACGACUUCCACCUGUCCAUCCACAGUGACAUGGCUGCCAUUGUCAAAGCCAUGGCCUCCCCUGAAUCUGGGCUGGAGGUCCGAGACCGCAUGUGGCUCAAGAUUACCAUCCCUAAUGCUUUCAUCGGCUCGGAUGUGGUGGACUGGCUAUACCACAACGUGGAAGGCUUCACUGACCGGAGGGAGGCCCGCAAGUAUGCCAGCAACCUGCUGAAAGCCGGCUUCAUCCGCCACACCGUCAACAAGAUCACCUUCUCUGAGCAGUGCUACUACAUCUUCGGUGACCUCUGUGGCAACAUGGCCAACUUGUCCCUCCAUGAUCACGACGGUUCCAGUGGCGCCUCUGACCAGGACACCCUGGCCCCUUUGCCGCACCCAGGGGCCGCCCCUUGGCCCAUGGCUUUCCCUUACCAGUACCCGCCGCCCCCACACCCCUACAACCCGCACCCAGGCUUCCCAGAGCUGGGGUACAGCUAUGGUGGGGGCAGCGCCAGCAGUCAGCACAGUGAAGGCAGCCGGAGCAGUGGCUCCAACCGUAGCGGCAGUGACCGGCGGAAGGAGAAGGACCCGAAGGCGGGGGACUCGAAGUCGGGCGGCAGCGGCAGCGAGUCGGACCACACAACCCGCAGCAGCCUGCGGGGGCCGCGGGAAAGGGCGCCCAGCGAGCGCUCGGGGCCUGCCGCCAGCGAGCAUAGCCACCGCAGCCACCACUCCAUGGCCGGCAGCCUGCGCAGCCAUCACACGCACCCGAGCUACGGGCCUCCUGGCGUGCCCCCUCUCUACGGUCCCCCCAUGCUGAUGAUGCCCCCACCGCCCGCGGCCAUGGGGCCCCCAGGAGCCCCCCCGGGCCGCGACCUGGCCUCUGUGCCCCCUGAACUGACAGCCAGCAGACAGUCCUUCCGCAUGGCCAUGGGAAACCCCAGUGAGUUCUUUGUGGAUGUGAUGUGAACAGGGCCCCUCCCCCACUUGCAUCCCACUCCCGCACCCACCCGGGAGGCUGCGUCCCUCUCUCCAUCCGUCCGUCUUUUUUACUUUGUCUGGUACCUGAAAGGGAAAUAAAUUGAACUAAAUUCAGGCGCGCUAACUGCUCGCUGGGCGCAGCAAGGGCGGGGUGCACCCACCAAUCGCCACUGCGGCCCC